AUGACAGCCUCUCACUUCCGGAUCGGCACAUUCAGCUAUGACGGCACGCACACGCCCGCAAGCGUUUCUGUUCACUUUCUACAGAUACUUUUACUUUUAUUUGCCUUGUCCGACAUUUUUCUUCAUUUUUCUGUAAAUUCAAAUGACCAUUCAAUUUACUCUUUCUGUUUUUUUCUUUUUUCUUCACUUUCACUAUUUUUGUUUCAUUUGCCCUCUUUUUUCUCACAUUUUCUUCAUUUUAUUAUUUUUUGUUUCGUUAUUUGUUCAUUCUUCUUCUCUCUCUCUCUCUCUCUCUCUCUCUUUCUUUCUUAUUUUUUGUCUAUUGUUUCAUUUUGCUUUCUUUCUUUUCUUGAUUCACUCACUUUCUCCUUCGUCUAUUUUUUAUCUUUUAUUCUUUAUCUUUUCUUUUUUCCUUUCGUUUUCCUUAUUAAACGAUUGUACCUUUAUUCCUACUCUAUUUCUUACGUGAUUUUGACCCUUACUUUUAAACGUCGGUUUGCAAUAUCUAUAUCUAUCUAUCUAUCUAUCAUCUAUCUAUCUAUCUAUCUAUCUAUCUCUCUCUAUAUAUAUAUAUAUAUAUUAAACUGGAACAUUACCAUGACUAUUAAUAGAGUUUCUAUUCUUAGUUCUUAA